AUGUCGCUGGUUCAGUCGCUGAAAGAUACCCUGGUUGAGAGGAAGAAGAAAGGCAGACUCCGCCAGCUGACUCUGCCAGAGUACUCCGUCGACUUCUGCUCCAACGACUAUCUGUCGCUGUCGACAUCACCGCUCUUUCGAGACAGCUUUCUGGAGAGAAUCAAUGCCAUUCCGCCUGAUCUGCCUAUUGCCAGUGGCGGGUCUCGUCUCCUGAGCGGCAACUCCGAAGCCGCAGAGAGUGUGGAGCGGUUCCUGGCCGGGUUUCACGACGCGCAGGCGGCUCUGCUGUUCAACUCGGGGUACGAUGCCAACGUGGGCGUGCUGUCUUGUAUCCCCCAGCCGGGGGAUAUCAUCCUCUACGACGAGUUGAUCCACGCGAGUCUGCACGAGGGGAUGAGACUGUCUCGAGCAGAGAUCAAGAUCGCCCUCGACCAUAGCUGUCCAGAGAGCCUGAAACAAAGAUUGAUCGAGCACAAGGAGACCAGUCGGAAUAUCUUUGUCGUUGUCGAAUCCGUGUACAGCAUGGACGGGGACAUUGCACCUCUCGACCAGCUGGUGAAGACUGUCGAGGAAUCGGGUCUGCAGAACGUCUACUUCAUCGUCGACGAAGCCCACGCCACGGGUGUCUUGGGACCCAAAGGCGCAGGACUCGUGCAGAUGAUGGACCUGCAAUCUCGCAUGUUCAUUCGAGUCCAUACGUUUGGCAAGGCAUUAGCCAGUCACGGCGCUGUCGUUCUGUGCUGUAAUACUACGCGACACUAUCUCAUCAACUACGCCAAAACGCUCAUUUACACGACUGCCAUUGGGAUCCCAUUCCUGUGCUCUAUAGGCACUGCCUACAGACUCCUUGAAACCGGGCAGACAGACAAGAUGCAAUCACAUCUUCAAAGUCUGAUUCAACACAUGCACGCGAAGCUUCUCCCCCUCUCAAACACAAAAUUGCAAGUAGACCACCAUCCGACCUCUCCCAUCUUCUCCCUCCGCACUCCAAUGCCCAAACACCUCGCUGAGACGUGUCUGUGGCACGGCUACGGCGUCAGGGCAAUCAUGUCGCCUACCGUGCCGGUGGGCAAGGAACGCGUCCGAGUCUGUCUGCACGCGGGGAAUACCUUUGAAGAGGUCGAUGGCUUGGUCGGGAUCAUUGAAAAGUGGCUUCUUAAUUCGAAGUUAUAG